AUGGUUGUUAAUUUAAUAGUCCAAGAGCUGGCGACAAAAAUCGACAAGUUUUGUAAUAUAUUUCAAAAUGAUUUAGUACUAAGGAUGUACAUGAGCCAGUACCCACACGCAGGUUCAGAGCAUGUUGUAAUUUUACACACAUCAAAGCUGGUGUUCUACUACCUGGCCUUGCGAGUGGGUGCUGAGUCAUGUACACCCUCAAUAUUUAAUCAUAUUGAAUUAUUGGCCAUUACAAAUCUUGGCGUUUUUGUCGCCAGCUCUUCGACUAUAAAUAUACAAUAUGAUGUACAGCUCAACGCCGCCGCCAUGUUUAACUUCAUGAAGAAAUCAACGGUCCUAGCUCAUGAUUCUGGCGGCUACGAGGAACGCGAUGGUGACAAGGAAAAACGAAAGAAAGAGAAAAAAGAAAGAAAGGAGAGGGAGAAGCGAGAAAGGAUUGCAGCUGGUCUUGAAGAGCCGCUUCGUUUAGAAGAGGUCCGACGAUCUCUCAAACUUAGAGGCAGACGCAAGGAAAAGGAGAAACUUCCUUCCGGUAUCACAGCUGACUACACUGCCUCGUUAUUUGCACAUCUUGAGCAGGAUUCAAAUUAUUCGAGUUAUCCAAUUAUUUCAACUUCAGGCUCCAAUUCCAAUCUCAGCGACGAAAAUAAUCAUCUUUCUCCCGGAUACCCGACCCCGCAUAAUAAUUGGAACAAAAAGGAAGGGGUUCUACAAUCAGACAGUUCGGAGACUUCUUUAAAUUCGUUAAAUAACCCGAAUAAUGUAAAUAGCAGUCCACGACAAGCGCAAAAUCUACCCCCUAUACCACCGAGACCACCGAAACGAGGCAUCUUAAAAGGUCCACGUCUGAGCAAUACUAGUUCUAAUUCACAAGAGAACAGCGUUCACAAUACUGACACAGUUGACCAUAUAAAUGGCCAAGAUUUGAACGUUGUAGCUCGGAAUACGCAACAAAACGAAGUGAUUUCAUACAGAAUCCCGCCGUCUAAAAGCACCUCGUCUAGUGACGAUAUGCAACAAAUACAAAACUUUACCAAAAAAGUAAUUCAUAGUCCGGUAGAAAAUCAAUAUAAGAACUAUAAAAAUAACCCAAAUCCCUCAAUCACUACUCAAGACGUUGAUGAUAUACCAAAGACAAAUGGCAAUUGCUAUCAAGGCGUGACUUCGACGUCACCAAGCGCUGAUUCCUUGACCGAUACAACAACAAACUCGUCGUUUGCUACUCCACCAUUCUCCACCUCACCAGUAGGUGAAUCUCAAGGCUUUCAUAGAUGGUCAAGAACAAGUACGUUCGACGAUGUGUACUUGCCUUUACCCGCACUAAAGCCGUUGCAAUUACCAAAACCCAGAGUACUGACUAUACAAAGGCAGAAAGCACCCCGAAACGACUUCGGAUUUAGCCUUCGACGCGCUAUGGUACAAGAGCGAGUUUUUAUAGGUGACGUUAAAGAAUUGAAUGGUCAUGAAGAAAACGGUCUCACUAACGGUGAGGGCAAAUGCAACGGUAAUUUUAUGAUUUCCAAGUUGACACAUAAGGCUGUGAUUCUUGCUGAGCCCGGUUCUUAUCCAGGAGCGAGUGAGACGGGACUACUUCCUGGUGAUAGACUUAUCGAAGUGAACGGAGUAAACGUAGAGGGAAAGAGUAGAGAAGAAGUGAUUGAACUAAUCAAGGGGAGUCAAGAUUCUGUUACCGUUAAGGUACAACCAAUAGCAGAACUGUGCGAGUUGUCAAGGAGACGUGCGGCUGAUGGUGUCGAGGUGGAGCUGUCAGACAGCAAUGUGAGAGGAGGCACCCUCAGUCGAUCCGGGAGUCGUCGCUUCAAUACGACACAGGUAUGUAUAGAUGUUUAUGUUAUAGCAACAUAA